AUGCCUCAUCUUGAAGAAGAAAGUGAAAAUAUACAUGAUACAAGCGUGUCAAUACACGCACGUUGCGUUAUUGAUCUAAUUAGAAUGGCUGUAUGUUUUUGUCUGGCGCUGACAGCAGCUAUAGCAGCUCCAGAUCCGAAAAAAUUCAAAAAUGAGUCUAAUGUAAAGGAUAAAAAGGCUGACGCUCUGACAAAUGAUGAAAAAAAUUUUUUGAGAGAAGUUGAAGAAAAAUUUGGCGUAAAAUCAGAUGUUCCAGUGGAGAGUGAGAAGAAAGAACCGGAAACUAAAGUGGAAGGCAAUAAUAAAGAAAAUUCAUCAUCACAACAAAAACCACCAUUUCCAGCUGUCAUUGCAAUUGAAAUCGUAAAUGAUACGGAUUCAAAAUCAAAAGGCAAACGUACUAUCGAUGCUAAUCUUGGUUAUGGAUAUAAGACUAACAAUGGCUAUAGUUACACUUACUUUGGUAAAUCGAAUCAAGACAAAGGAAAAUUUAUGAUUUAUCCUUAUUCACAAGAAGAUUUACCAGCAAAUCAAAAUUCAUAUGACAGUAAAUAUAGUUCCUUGUCAAGCUCAAAAUACUCAUCUUCUUCUACAAAUGUUGAAAUCCAGCCUUCACAGGCCUAUGAAUUGGUUCCUUUAAAGGACGAACAAAAUUCUUAUGAAUACAAAAAACCUGCUGUUGAAUUUAAGGAUAAUUACGAGAAGACUUUAGAAACACCUUCAAUAGGUUACUCCAGUGGAAAAGCCGCUCAAACAUUAUACACAACUUACAAUGGUCAAGAAUUUUCAGGCUUAAGUGGACAAUUCCCCACAGUGAUGCCUAAUUACUUUAUUAACCCCACACAACUUCUUAAUAAUCCUUAUUACCAGAAUGCUGGUUUGACUCAAGAUCAUUUGCGUACUCAGAAUUCGUACUUAAAUCAAAACAAAGGAAUUGUACCUGUAUUAGUCUUAAGGGUCCCUAGUUCUUACUUGAAAAAUCCAACAGCUGAAUUGUAUCCCGAUUUACCAAAAAAUUAUCCUCUAUCGCAACAUUUAAAUAGCGUAAACCUCCAAGAAUUGGUUAAUCAAUAUUUCAAGAAAAAUGGAUUCUCAUCUGCCCCACAGAUAAUGUCUUAUCAAAGCCAAUCCAUAUCAGCGCCUGAGACCAGGCCACAACAUUACUCGAGUCCUUAUGUCAAACCUACAUAUACUCAAGCAGAUUAUUCUGGUAUUCAAUAUUCUGCAGUAAAACCAGUAAUGGCAAGAUAUCCUUUGACUUAUACACAGCAAAAAUAUCUAGUCUCUCAACCCCAAUCACUUUACCAAAGUUCAGUCUCACAACAGCAUUAUCAACGACAACAACAACCUCAACAACAGUAUGAAUAUGAAUAUCGUUACGUUCCUCAAACAGAAGUUAAAAUGCGUUCUUAUUAUAUUCAACCUCAAUAUCAACAGAAUCAACAGUCGGGUUCAAAUUCUAACGAAUAUCAACAGUACGAUCAAUCAGUAUCUCAACAAAAGCCAAAUUCAGAUGAUUCAUCAGCAAGUAUUGAAUAUGGAACCCCACAGUAUUCUAGCAGCCAACAAGCUGGAGAAGCCUCAGUGGAAUAUGAUACUCAAAAUGCUGCACAGGUUCAGCCAGAUGUAUCUCAAUAUGUAUCUGCAAAUUCGGAAAGUAACGGUUAUGACCUAACUCAACAAAACGUUGAUUAUUCAAAACAAUCAGGAUCCUCCGGAUAUGAUACCGCGUCACUUCCUGCUUAUAGUACUUCACCAGAAUAUUAUUCAACACAAACCGGACAGAAGAAUUCCGUUUCUAUACUCCCAUCUAAACUGAUACAUACUGAACAAUACCAAGACAACACUGGUUCUAGCGCACCCCAACAAUAUGUUUACCAAAAUGAAAAAGUUGAAGAUUCUAAAACAUACGUUCUUUCUGAAAACUAUCCCAGCAAAGAUCAUACAAUUGCUACCGUCCUACCUUAUUCUUACAAUUCAAACUCAAAACCUUCGCAAUCAAGUAUUCAGACAGUAAGCUACGUUACUCCAAUGCCUUCAGCCAAAUAUCAAUCUCAGUUUAACGUUAUGGUACCACAGACAGUUUUGAAAAAUCCAAACAAUGAGAAAGUGUCAUAUGUUAACUCUCAAUCGUUGCAUUAUUUGCAAGCUGGUCAAUACACUGAUUCUAAUUCUGAAAGUGAUUAUACUGUAAGUAGUCAAUACGUACAACCAAUAGCAAGUAAGCCAUCAUAUCCUAGGAAUUAUCACGCGCACCCAAAAAGAAUGGUAAAGACCCCAAUGAAGACCGAAGCUUCAUCAAGAAUACCAUCAAGAAAAACAAAUGAAAGAAGCGAAAAGAAAAAGUCAUCGUAAUUUUGUUAUCUUCUUAAUAAAUUAUAAAAAAGUAUUAAUGA